UGCAACGUCCUUGAUCUCGACGGCAUUGCAAUAUCAGCCAACCCUCGCAGAAGAAGGUCGCACAAGUUGACAUCCGACACGGUGGCACCGCAGUUCAGCUAUAGACAGACCCCCAUAGACUCAUCACACGUCAGACAGGCAACCAACUCCCCUAUAACUACAUUACCAACCGACCGACCAGCCCGACCAAUGAAUCCCCCCUUUUUCCCUGCCCUCCACCGCAGCCCUCCCUGUCAUGCCCGCGAUCAAAGCCAUCCUCAUCACCGGCUGUUCGGCGCACGGCAUCGGCUCAGCACUGGCUCUCGCCCUGGCGCAACGGGGCCACCACGUCUUCGCGACGGCGCGCAACCCAUCCAAGAUCCCCAUCUCGCUGGCGUCGCUCCCCAACGUGACGCCGCUGCAGCUGGACGUGACGUCGACCACGUCUGCGUCGGAAGCCGCCAAGGCCGUCGAGGACCACGGCGCCGGACUGGACAUCCUCGUCAACAAUGCCGGGUCGGGAUAUACGAUGCCGCUGCUGGACGCGGACCUGGAGACGGCGCAGCAGGUCUACGAGACGAAUGUUUGGGGCGCGGUUCGCACGGUGCAGGCGUUUGCGGGCCUGUUGAUCGAGAAGCGCGGCCGCGUGGUGAACGUGUGUCGGGCGGAUGCGGUGAUGAAUGCGCCGUGGGCGGGAAUCUACAACUCCUCCAAAUCCGCUCUUGCCACCCUCUCCGCCACGCUGCGACUCGAGCUGGCGCCGUUGGGAGUCGCCGUGGAUACGUUGAUGGUCGGCGUGGUGCUGACCUCGUUCCACGGCAACGAACCGGAGUUCAACCUGCCGGUCUCCUCGCGCUACUCUGCCAUCAAGGAUAUCAUUGCGCGGCGGGCCGCCGGGAUGACAGGACCGAAGGGAUGUUCGAUAGGCACGUUCGCCGAGUCGAUAGUGGACGAUGUGCUUGGAAUUGAGCAUUCGAAAGGGGUCGUACUGUGGAGGGGGCCUGGGUGUUUGGUGGUGAGGUUUGCUUCGGCGUUUGUGCCUAGAUGGAUGUCGGAUCGGUUGGUAUGUCAUGGGCAUGGGCUGGAUGUGUUGGUGCGGCGGAUUAAGAGAUGAGGGCUACGCUGGAUGGCUUCAAUGUAGAAAUAGAUUGCUAUCCUAAACGAAAUGGGUUAUCUUCAAAAUCGC